AGGGGGUGAAGCGAAGAAGCGGCUGCACGAAUCGAGGGUUUCUCCAUUUACACGGAUGGCGGCACACACGGCCAUGUGUGUGUUCCUUAUCUGGCCUCUGCUGUGUGCGCUCGGAUGUGUCGGCGCAUCUGCCAAUGACUAUGAUGGAAACUACUACGGAGACAGCUACGAUAAUGAGAUAUCCCUGGACCAGCUGGAAGGGGAUGAGUCAACGUCGCCCUGUCAGAGUGUGGACAUAUCUCGCUGGGAGAAGCUCUUCAUCACGCUGGAGAACUCCCACAUGAGGCAGAACGUGCUGCUGGAGUCGCUCCAGACCUGCUGCGGUGGGAUGAUGUCUCUCAGGACUCAGGUGGAGCAGCUGGUGAGACGCAGCCACCAGGUACGGAGCGAGGAGGCCGCAUGUCGGAGGCAGGUGGAGCAGGUCGCCCUCGGAAUGCAGCAGAGCAUGCUGGAGCUCCAGGAUGAGCAGUCGGAGAGAGAACAGCGGCUGAAUGCCACCUUGCAGAAGCUGCUGGAGAGCGUGCUCCGAGAGAAGAAGGAGUACAGUGUCACGCUAGAUGAGACAAACACACCGUCAGUGUUGCAGGCGUUUCCAUCUGUCCAGGCGGAAUCAUCACUGUUGGACCUGGCUUCAGUGCAAAAGACCCUGGUUACCAUAGCAACAGACCUGCGGAAGGUUCAGCAGCAGCUGAACAGAGUGUUGGACCACACUGGAACUCUAAUGAGGGACAGAGGUGAGACAUGAGCGGCUGUGAUCAGUGGCUUGUGUUUCCACAUCUCCAUCAUGAAUUAAAGCACCACCCUGUGGAGAAUCAUUUCCUGACUCUGAGUCUCCCCUCAUUUCCUGCAUCUUCACCGCCUCAUGUUUGUGGCGAGACUCUACAAAUGUUGGGAACCGCACGACAGCGAGCUGAUGUUAUUAACCGUGCGGUGGCCGCUCCCUCUCAUUAUCUCAUUUAACAGAGGCUUGUUGGACGACGCACGACUUCACCACUGCUCAUCUGUUUAUUACAUCUUAUUAUUGG